AUGAAACAAUUACAAAAAUAUCGUAUUCAAAUUGCUGCAUUAAGUGAAACGUGUAUGUAUGAUUCUGGAGUAAAAUUAAUAAAUGACUUUACAUGGAUUUUCUCUGGAUUACCAUCAGUAAAUAAAACUCGAAAUGCUCAUGGUGUAGCUAUCUGUUUGGAUAAAGCAGCUGCUAAGGUAUGGAAAGAUUCUGGUUCGGAGUGGGAAGCAGUGAGCGAGAGGAUCGUAAAAAUUAGGCUGAAAUGUUUAUUUGUAAAUUUGACUAUUAUUUCUAUAUACUCUCCUGUGAAUCCAACUAACAACCAAAUGAAUGAUGCUAGUCAACAAUUUUAUAACGAUUUACAAGAUGUUAUUAGUCGAAUUCCAACUGGAGAUAUGUAUAUUAUCAUGGGUGAUUUUAAUGCAAGAGUGGAAGGGAAAAAACAACAACAGCAAAAUUUAUGUAAUAGUAUUGGUCCUUACACAGUUGACAUUACAAAUGAAAAUGGAGAAAAGCUGAUUGAUCUAUGUACAAUUAAUAGUAUUAUAGUUACAAACACAUUCUUUAAACACAAAUUAGCACAUCAAACGUCAUGGAUGCAUCCAGGAAAUAAACAAUGGCAUAUGAUUGACUACACAUUAGUAAAUAAGAAAUUUAGAUCGAGCGUCGAAGACUGUCGUAUGUAUAGAAAAGCUGCUGGUGCAAUUGGUACAGAUCAUCAUUUAAUGCGAAUAAAAAUUAAACUACACUUCAAAAGUAGAAGGAAAUUAGUUCAGAAGAAAGUAGUUUAUGAUCCAAUAAAAAUGAAAAAUGAUAAUGCAUUAAAACAAUUUCAAAAAGACCUCAUUCCAACACUUUCCGAUGCAACAGAUGAAACAAUUAGUAUUGAUGAAAAAUAUGAUCGAUUUGUUGAACAUAUGAAAACAAAUGCAGAGAAAACUUUUAAAAUAGAUAAAAACAAAAUUCGCAAGCGUAAAGAAUGGCUUACUGAUGAAAUACUAGAAAUUGUAGAAAAGAAAGCAACAGCUUUUGUUAAUUGGCAAAAUCACCGAGGAACAAAGUUAGAAAUUGAAUAUGCUAAUAAAUAUAAACGUUUAAGAAAAUUAGCAAAGACCAAAAUUGAUAAACGUCAGACAGAGUAUUGGGAUGAAAUAUGUGAAGAGAUUGAGUCUUCUAUUAAAUUAAAUGAUCCAGCAAAUGCAUUUAAUAUUAUUAGACGCCUUAGUGGUAAAAUGAAGAGAGUGGAGAAUAUGGCGAUUAAAGAUAAACAUGGAAAACUGAUUUUAAACUCAACUGAUCAAUUGGAACGAUGGAGAGAAUUUUUUGAUGAAUUACUUAAUGUUUCAUCAUCAGUAGAUCUUCAAUUAAUUGAUCAAAUUAAAAUACAAAGCAUAGAAAAGAAAGAAGAAGAACGUCAAAAUGCUCAACCUACAAUACCUGAGGUAAGAAAAGCUUUGAAUCAAAUGAAGUCAAGAAAAGCUCCGGGUUACGAUGGAAUUACUGCUGACCUUCUUAAAGCUGGCGGUGAACCAGUUAUCAAGUGGCUACAUGAAAUGUUCAGUGAUGUAUGGAAACAAGAGAAAAUGGUAGAGGAAUGGAAUUUAGCAGUUUUGAUUAAAUUAUUUAAAAAAGGUGACAAACAACUCUGUGACAAUUACAGAGGUAUUUCACUUCUCAGUGUGACUAGUAAACUCUUCUCUCGUAUUAUUCUGAAUCGUAUUCAAAUCCUGGUCGAUCGUCACCUAUUGGAAGCACAGUCUGGAUUCAGAACUAAUAGAUCUACAAUUGAUCAAAUCUCUAUAUUAAAAUUAUGUAUGGAAAAACGUAGAGAAUUUAACAAGCCCUUAUUCAUGUGUUUUAUUGAUAUAUCAAAAGCGUACGAUUCUGUUAAUCGUGAACUAUUAUGGAAAGUAUGCAGGAAGUAUGGAAUAUCAGAAAAGCUAGUCAAUCUUCUAAAAAUGCUUUAUACAAAUUCAAAAGCAAAGGUGAAAAUGAAUGGUGAAUUCUCGGAUAGCUUCGAAAUUUAUAAUGGUGUAAUGCAAGGAGGCAUUCCCUCUCCAAUUUUAUUCAAUAUUCUAUUUGAUUUUAUCAUCAGGAAGGUUAUCGAAGAAGCAGAUGUGACAGGUGUACAAUUUUCUUAUGGAAGAAAUGAUUUUUUUCACGGCACAAAAGAAAAGUAUUUGAACUUCGACAUUUUGGCUUUAAUGUACGCAGACGAUUUAGUCGUCAUGUGUGAGACAUCUGAUGAUUUAAAGACAUUCAUUGAAACUUUUGAAAAAAUUACUCAAGAAUACGGGUUAUCAAUGAAUGUGAAGAAAACGUGUAUUAUGACAUUGAAACAACUGGAAAUUGAUCAAAAUAAUAAAAUUAUACACAAUCAUGAAGUUGAUCAACCUGAUUUUGAUAUUAAUAUUAGAAAUCAGAAGGUAGAAACUGUAGAAUUCUUCACUUAUUUAGGUUGUGGUGUAUCAAGAGAUCAAAAACCUGAUGAGGAAAUCAACACAAGAUUAGUGAAAGCAUCCACUGCUUUCAAUAUGCUACGCAGUGUUAUCUGGUACAGAAAGACGAUUUCAAUUAAAUCUAGAUUGAAAAUAUAUAGAGCAUGUGUACUACCAGUGCUGCUGUAUGGAAGUGAAACUUGGUCAAUCACUAAAACACAUGAACAAAGAAUUAACACAUUUUAUAUGAAGUGCCUUAGAAUAAUCAUUGGUGUCAAUAUAGGUGAUCGUAUCUCAAAUGAUAAAAUUUUAGAAAUCACUGGACAGCCAUCAAUUGAAAGAAUUCUACGUCGAAACAGAUUAAGGUGGUUUGGUCAUGCGAACAGAAUGAUGAACAAUGAUAAUGAACCAUCUGUAGUGAAAAAGAUCACGUUCUCUUAUUUUCCAGAAGAGAAACGUCCUGGUAACAUCGGCAUUAGGAAAAGGUGGGAGGAUAAAGUGAAAGAGGAUAUUGAAUACUGUCAGAUUAAAAAUUGGAGAAAAGAUUCUUUAAACAGAGAUCACUGGAGAGAAUUAAUUAACAAAAAUGUACACAGCAGACCUGUACAUCAAAAUAUUAAAGAAAUCAUUUACGAAUAUAAACAAAGAGCUGUAAAUCGAAGAAAUGAUGACUUGGCUGCAUCACACGGAGUGGUCAAAAGAAAAGUAACGGAAAUUCUUGUUAAAAAUACAAAUAAUCAUUAUGCCUGUCCUGGUUGCGGAAUUCAAUUUAAACCUCAAGGAAUUACGAAUCAUGUAAAGGCGUGUGUUAAUGCUCAAGUUUGGUGCAAGAACAAUAAAAUUAAAUAAAGAAAUUCUAAAUGGAAUGGAUUGCAAGGAAUUGGAAAUGAUCUUCGAAUGAUUGUAAGACACCUUCUGAACUUUGUGAGUAUGGUCCAUGACGGAGUCCAUUUAAAGCUGGUUUACCGGAGGGUGGUCUCCUGAUCUCCAUGUUCUCAUUGUCAGUCGAGUUCUAACAAUAUGGCCGUCAAAGAAGACAAAAACUCUAACUUUGCUAAUAGCUAUUUUUUUGUGUAUUUUGUGUAUUUUUUUCUUCUCACCCUACACCGGGAACGGUAGCGGGUCUAACUAACUAACUCUCUGGUAAAAUUCAGUAAUUGUCAUUACUAUAAUAAAUCCAGUGGCAAGUAUGCGUUCAAGAUCGGUUUCUUUGCCUAUCAAUCAUAAAUGUCUCUUUUUGUUCUGCAUAGUGUUUGUUGUCUAAUAGAAAAAUUACAAAUAUGACAAUAAUUGACGCAUUCGAAGAAAAAGAUGGCGAUCAAGCAAAUGGCCACAAAAAAACGAGAAAGACGAGUUUACAUUAAUUUUAGUUGAAUUUUACUAAACCUUGAUCAAAAAAGUCUUUUGUCGUGAAACAAAAUUUAGCAAGCGAUUAUUAUUUUUAGAAGUAACGACCUCAUAAGAUUUAUUAAAAAUAUAAGCGCAGUUUCGUAAAACACAUCUUAAUUGAAGAAGAUAGUGUCUUAAGCAUAAAUGCAAGUUAAACACAAAACCUAUGAAUAUUUUGCUAAAACGUCAGAUAUUGUUACUUUCGAAAAUAAAAAAAUGCUCAUACCAACAUUCAGCUACUUCUUUUGACCACUAUUUCAAUUUGCAUGGUCUUGGAAUGUCUUUAGACAUAGAUGAAAGCCUUCGCAGUUACAAAAGGUGUUUCUUUAAGAAUCAAUUAGUUAUGGCAAUAGCCGAUAUCUUUACUUUGAUAAAGAAGUAAUACUCAAUCAAGUUGACUACCCCUAGGUUUCAUGUUGCAAAGUCUACGAAAAACUAGCAUUACAUACAAUUUUUUUAAAAUUUCAGUGAUUCGUAGAUUUAUCAAUUGAUAGUAGAAUGAGACAUGUAGUCAAAUGAACUCAUUUAUUCUGCAAUUACAAGAAGGGAGUGUCUUAUGUAGAGUUUGUCCAGACUAUAAUUAUUUGCGUCGAAGUGCAAAGCAAACCUGAACGGCAUCUACUGCGUGAAUUAACAUAAUUUACCUUAAGGAAUUAUCAGUAACACAUGGUGAGAAGUCUCAGCAUAAACUGAUUUCCACAAGCAUUACUAGGAAUAAAUUAAUAGGGCAUAAUGAACAACUAGUAAUGAAAGCUUGAACCAUUCCAGCAAAGCUUUGAGAAACUACUCCAUCGAUCGAUGUCAACUCAGGUACAAUAUUUCCUUCGUUUCUCGAUUAGAGAACCCGAACAUUAAAGCUCUCAUCAUUUAUCAAAAUCUUGACUAGAUCACUAGAAGUCGUUAAAGUAAAAAACAAACAAUAACCAUGGGAUAAAUGAGAGGAAAAUAAUUCGCACCGAGUCAUCAUUUAUUAAGUAAUACUAUAAGGACUAAAUGUUUUACUAAAAAUAACUGUUAUCGAGACCUCAAUUGCAUACUUAAGCUUAUGUUUACCUAAUUGUUUCAGGAAUUAAGAUGUUCUCAUAUUUGCAAUAUUUAAGACAAUGGUUGUAUCUGCCUCAUUAGACUUUCUUGGAGAAAUAUUGAAUGUUACAUUGAGUUUUCUAGAUAUAAUGUGUGACUACUAAUAGAAUAUCUUACUCGUAAUCUUACUAAAGUCAGCUCUCAUCAGGUUGUAUUUAUAUUUAUUCAAGUUCACGAAUAUUUGUGAUAGGAGUUCAUGGUAGAAAGUAGUGUUCAGUGGGUAAGAUACAUUCGCUCAAGCAAAUACUUCAAUAUGAACCACUACCAAUACAAUAUGAAUAAGAAAUUUUAAUGAAAACUACUCAGCAUAAUAAAUAAUAAGCAUUAUAUCGAACGAGUGAUUAUUUAAGGACGCUAUUUCACUCUUUCCCCGCCAGCUCCGGUUCCGCACUUGUGAAGAACGGCUCAUCACAAAAGUUUUCAACUUUCAGGGAAGAUAAAUUUCAAUAAGUAUAGAAAACAUUGUCAUGGACUUCUAGUUCCUAGACACACCAAUCAAAGAGAUUUUUAGUUAUAAUGGCUAAAAAACUGCCCCUGACUCGCUGUUCAUCUCACUUUCACAGCCAAAAUACACCCAAUAGAACUGAAACUCUUAUACAGAUGCCAGAUACCGUUUGGGUAGCUCCUUUUCUUGCUUCCUUUUCAUCGCCUUCCAUCUUAAAAAAAGAUCAGAAUUCUGAGAGUACUCUGCAAAAAAUGUUUCCUUUACUAGAGCUCUUUUGUAAUGUCUGUUUCAGAUCAAUGGCUCAAUAUUUUUCAAAACAAAAGAAAUGAGCACCCAGAACACUAUCUAGUACUUGUAGAAAAAAACUCAGCUCGAUAUUGUGCACAUUCGCUAAGAAUCGAGGGUGAUUCCACACUGUUUUUAUGAAAAAACUGAGUGUGGAUAAGAUCUUAGGGGUAAUUGUGGGUGUUGACGGGAAUGUCGCUGUUACUACCAUGAAUAGCCACAGUAACAUCUACGCUCAUCACACACUCACACUUACAGCUUUGAUUUGAUUGAGGAAGGAUGAAGAACCAAGAAGAAAGUCUUCUGAACUAAGUGAGAAUCCAUUUACAAAUAAAAACUUCUUUUCUUUUCAGAGAAGGUAGCUAAGUUAAUU